AUGUGUAUUCACGAGGAAGUAAUUCUUGAUGAAAGAAUAAACCAAAAGUUGGAACAGGAGACUUCUGAAUUGGCUCAGUUGAUUCUCUACCUGCAGAGCAGAAGAAAGAAGUGCACCAAACUUUCAAAUAUUAGAAUAUGGGAGCGAUGUAUCGACCAAGCAAUUGAUGUUUUAGAUAAGAUUAUUGGCAUAGAGGUAUGCAAAACAAAAACUCCGCAGGGAUACCAAUUGUAUGUUAAAAAUGCCUUGAAAACCGAACAUGAUACCACUGAUGAGAACCAUUGUUAUUCAGAUGAAGAUAAAGCAAAAUAUGGACUAUUAAUUGCAGUUCUGAUGUUCAUUUAUAUGAUGCAUCGUCCUGGUUCUCCUAGUUAUACCGUUUCGGAGAAUUCACUAAAAAACUUCUUGAAAGAAAUGGGUAUUACUGAGAACAGUUGUUUUGGGAACCAAACGAAUCUGAAUAAAUUGCUCGGAGCCGCAUAUACUGCUGAAUUCAUUUCACAAGGCUGGUUAGCUUUCACGAAGGGAACGGAUGAAAGCGGCCGCGAUACCGUAACAUAUGAAUGGGGACCUCGGGCAAAAUCUGUCGUUGAUCCAAUGACAAUUCUUCGGACAUAUUGCGCCAUGGAUGGUAGUGCUCCACACCAUUGGAGAUUACAUUACCAGGAAGCACAGAAUGCUACCGCUCGGAACGGCUGA